UAUAUAGUACCUGCCUAAAAUUAUUUGUUAAGACGUAAUGAUGGAUUUCAAAGAGGUCAUAUGGAUUGUGGUGAUUUCCUACUGUUUUGGGUAUGUUGUCAGUAACGAGACCGUACAUCUAGCACCACGAUGCAAGGCCACUCUAUCAAAAACGAAUUUGAUAAAUUCUGGAGAGAUCUCAGAAGCAAACGGGUAUAAAGUUUUGCAUGAUUUUAAUUUCCCAGAUGUCACGUAUCCAACAACAACUCUGGAGUCAUGCCAACCUUUCUAUUUUAAUUCCAAUGGAAUAGAUGCUAUUGUAGGACCAUUCUCUAGUGAUGUUCAAUCGAAUUACAGGUCUUUAUUGUCAACUAAUGAAAACAAGAUCAAAGAUGUUACGACAAAGAAAUCUAUUGUUGAUGACAAUAUCAAAUAUCAAACACCGUUUUCGAACGUAACUAUCUAUAAGACUAAAAAUGAGUCAGACAAUGUAAAUGUACUGGAUACUGUACGUAAACUAUUUGAAAAGUAUAUAGCAAAAAAUUAUAUCGAUUCCGAGCUAAAAGAAAUUUUGUCGAUACUUUUUGGAGACAAUGUAAAUCAGAGUAAAUCUUCUGAAAUAAUAAUAAUAGAACCAGUACAACUUUUAGAUGAAAUCAUAGGUAGCAAUGUAACAACAAAUAAAUCAAGCGAAGAAAACGUGACUGAACAACUUUUUGACAGAUUUUCCGAACCAAAAUAUGUGAUGAACUCUGUGAUUGAAGAAUUAAUACAGCUAUUGGAUAAAAACUUAGCUGAUAACAAUUUACUGACAUAUAACUCAGUCGAAGAUAAUGUAACUGAAAUCAUACUUCAUGAAUUUGUUACCAAUAAUAGAAGCGAUAACAACAUAAUAAUGCAACUUUUGAGUGAUGAAGAUAUAAGUUAUAAUGCAAGCUCUGAAAAUAUUCAGUUAGAAUUAGAGCUAACUAAGGAAGAUAUAAAAUACAUAUUAUUAAAUAGUACUAAUGAUAUGAAUAAUUUACCCAUUGGCAUUGAACACUCAAUGGAUGUUAAUUCUAUUUCCCAAAACAUUGAGAUUGAGCAAAUAAAUAGCACUGAUGACACAAUUGUAGUUUUGGAGUCAAUCUUACUCCCAGAAACUGCAUUUAAUGAUCAGAAUAUUCGUAACUCUGUCUUGAACGAACACUUAGCGCAAUCGGAAAUCAUUCAGGACCAAUUAAACAGUUCUCAAACUUCUCAAAGUGAGAAUGUUUAUGAACAUGAUAAUGACACGAUUAACUUAACUAAUUUUACAUCAGACGAAAACUCAGUCGAUUCUAUAAAUACAGAUCAAAUCAGUUUUAAUAUUCCAAAAGAGCCAGUGGUUUUUGACGUCGUAUACAGAGAUGUUUAUAAUAUAGAAAAACCUGUAUUAGAUAUCGUUCCAUCGAGUAUACCAGUAAGACUAAAAAUAAAUAUUGAAAUAGUCAAACAAGAUUCUAACGAAAUAGAUAAUUUUUACAGACCAGAUUUUAACAUUGAACAGUUUGCACCGAGAAUAUCUGAAAAUCACAUGGGGUUACAAAACAAUGUAAAACAUAGUGUCGAAAAUACCGAAGAGGAUUCAGCACCGGAAGAACAAAUUACUGUACUAGACGAAAUUAAUGAGUCUGAUUUCAUUAACGCUUUGUCGAUACUAUUACUGGAUUCAUUAAAUAACAAUCCGUUAGAAAUAAUACCACCGGAGUUUAUCAACGAUGAAAAUUGUUCAUGUAGUAGUCUAUUAGCGGAAGAUUCUUCACACUUUGGAAAUAAUUCAUUAAAUAGCAAUAUAACUUUAAAAAAUUAUAAAGAAAAAGAAGAGAUUCAACCAAUUUUGGCACCAGAAAGUUACAUAGACAAUAACACGGAACAUCGGUCGCUAGAAACUGAAAUGAAUCAAGUGACAUACAACACUAGUCCGAUUAUAGAAAUGCUUAGAUCCGUGAUUAACUCUGAUCAAUUAGAAGAUGAUAAAAAAUAUAACAAUACGGACUUUAAAUCUAAAAAUUUUUUAUAAAAUUUGGAUUUGGAAAUUAAAUUUGGAUCCAAUUAACAAUAUCAUUCUAGGUUUAGAAAUCAAAAAUAGCACUUCUGAGACUCAAGCAAUCUCACUUAAUAAAGGGUGUAACUUUGAAAAUUUGGAAAAAAGCAAAGUAACGAAUACCUCGCUUUAUAAUAAUACUGAUGCAGACAAAAUGUGGCCUUUAGUAGACGUAUUUCAAUUAAAAAUUUGCCCUACAGAAGUGGAUUUAAACGAUAAAGAUAAAUAUUCUGUUCAAUUGAAAACGCUGCGACAAUGACUUUGAGCUCAAGCUAAAUUGUUACUGUAACAUGUAAGAUUUAACUCUUACCCAUAAGUUUGUUAAUAAGUAUUAUAAUUAUAUUAUU